AUGGGGGAGAAUCAACCAGAUAGACAGCAAGUAAACGAGCUUAUUGAGAAUAGGGCAGAAGGUCAACCUGAGAAUAGGACAGACGGUGAAUCAGAGAGUAGGACAGUCGGGGAGCUGCAGAAUCAGCAGGUUCAGUUAGAUUGGGAUAAAAUUGAGACAGAUCAGACAGAUGGGAAUCGAAGGGACGAGAACAUCGAAUUUCCAGAAUAUGAAAUCCCAGAGAUAAGAGCGCACGCCAUAAGGGCGUCGGCGCUGUCGCUUUUUGCUGCUUCUGGGGGCGGCAGCGGCGGCAGACGGGCGCCACGCCGCGGUGGCGGCGGCGGCGGCGGCGGCGGCGGCGGCGGCGGGACCGCAGCCAGAGGCGGCCCUGGCUAG